AUGAGCAACUUGAGGAGUGAUGUAAGUAACCUGGAGUUGUGCUCAGUUUUCUUGAUCUCAGCGGCUUCCUGCUCCUUAAAUGGCCCCCGGGCGCUCAGUUCUGGCCACUCUGAGGAGGUACAAGGUGGUAAUAUUCUUCCCCCUGGUGACGGUGACCGCCAUUGGAGCAGACUUGUGGAGCACCUACAAGUGGAAGAGAGAGGGAGGAGGGACCCGGCCAGCGCCAUCAUAAACUACCUUAUUUUAUCCUGUCUUAGUACCAGCAUGACCUUCUUUGCACAUGUGAAGCUCGAUCCCCGCUUCUUUUUGAAGCUGUCGGUACCACUUUUAGGUUUCUGCUUUGGAGCCUAUCUUGAUCGUAUUGAGACUGAAAGACUUACCAUGUUCAGGGACAAAUCGGCAUUAUAUGGGCGGGUUCUGGCAGAAGGGGAGAAGCCCUCAUGGCCUUAGCAACCUCGCACCAUCUCAUAAAACUGAUUGUAAAUUAUUCUUCUAUGUGGAUUAAGAUGCAUAAUUAGCUCCUCAAAAUGUACAGUACUGUGUAAGUAUUUCUGAAUAAAUUAUGAAAUAA